AUGCUGCCUUAUUUAUUUCUUGUGGUUGUUUGCUUUUUCCCAGUAGUAUAUCCUCUGAACAAUUUCGUCGAUAAUUACGAAAAAUUGAAUUAUCGUGUUGUGAAUACUGCUCGAAGGAAGCGUUCAUCGGGCUACGCGGAGCCUUUAAACUUGAAUUUCUUCGCAUAUAAUAGGUCGUUUCAUCUAAGCUUAUUACCACUGGAUCCAUACAAUGAUCACUUUCAUCCUGAUCACAUAUUAGAUGAAGAUGGUCGUUACGAAGAUAUUCAGCCUCACAAGUUCCUCUAUGAGGGAUUCCUCAAAGAUGACCCAGGAUCUAAAGUAUAUGGAUCUAUUCUUGACGGGGUGUUCGAAGGUCACAUCAGAACAGGGGAUGGUAUUUCAUACAGUGUGGACAGAGCAGCGAAGUACUUCGAUUAUGACAGUCGUCCUUCUCAAUAUCACUCGAUUGUCUAUCGGGAUGGUGACAUCAAUCACAGUAAGAUACGUGUGAAAAGAUCGGCAUCCUCUUCUGAUUCCCACGUCAAUGGCCUGCAUUCAUGUGGUCUAGAUGAUCGUGUGAAACGUGAAAUGGAAAGGAUACAACGUUCAGCGGAAGUUCCUUCGGAUGUUUACACGAAUUACAUGACUAUGCACGGACGAUCGAAACGUGCAAUUCGGGAUAGCAGUGGAUUGUACUCAGUGAGGACGUGUGCGCUAUAUCUGCAAGCUGAUCACAAACUUUACGAACACAUAAAACGGAAGGAGGGAAACAACGAUCCCAUACGAACUCGUGAAGAAAUUGUGAGCCUAUUUUACAAUCAUAUCAAAGCAGUGAAUGAGAUCUACGAGGGAACGAACUUCAACGGCAUCAAAGGCCUUCAUUUUGUGAUCCAAAGAACUUCGAUUUAUACUCCCGACACGUGCGAUCGCGGUCGUCCUGUACCGGGCAGCGAUAAUCCGUUCUGUGAAGAGAAUGUUGAUGUGUCCAACUUCCUCAAUCUUAAUUCUCAACGGAAUCAUUCGGCAUUUUGUCUAGCUUAUGCACUUACUUUUCGAGAUUUUGUUGGAGGAACUCUCGGAUUGGCGUGGGUAGCCAGUCCACAAUACAAUACGGCAGGUGGUAUAUGCCAAAUCUAUCAACGAUACAACGAAGGCUCGAGAGGCUGGGUGUUUCGCUCAUUGAAUACGGGAAUUGUUACACUUGUCAACUACGGGAAUCGUGUGCCUACAAGAGUCUCACAGUUGACGCUUGCUCAUGAGAUUGGUCAUAAUUUUGGCUCUCCUCAUGAUUUUCCUCUAGAAUGUCAGCCCGGCCUUCCGGACGGGAAUUUCAUCAUGUUUGCAUCGGCAACAUCUGGAGACAAGGUGAACAACGCGAAGUUCUCACCGUGUUCAGUUGCGAAUAUCUCAAGCGUCCUGCACGUUGUGCUGCAGUCAGUGCCUAUUGAUCCCACGCGUCAUGCUGGACCAGUUGGAGCGUUGAUGAAACGGAACUGCUUCCAAGAGCGAACAUCAGCGUUCUGCGGAAAUCAGAUCCAUGAACCAGGUGAAGAAUGUGACUGUGGAUUCUCACAAGCAGACUGUGACCAGAUGGGUGAUAAAUGUUGCACGCCUCAUGAAACGGCACGAAGCGGUUUCAGUGUUAGUGGAGGCCCGUGUAAACGAAAGAACGGGGCCAAGUGUUCUCCGUCUGAGGGAUACUGUUGCAAUUCCGAGACUUGUUCGUUGCACCAAGCGAUUGAUUAUAAAAUUUGUCGUCAUGUAAGGAUUCUAAAUAAUUGGUUUCUCGUCCGCAAGGAAUGCAUGUUCUUUUUUCUCAAGGAAUCAGAAUGUAGUGAGACGCAGUGGUGUAAUGGACUCACAGCCCAAUGCCCUCCAUCUCCACCUAAAGAGGAUGGAUUGCCAUGUCAGGACAGUACGAAGGUGUGCUCAAGAGGUAGCUGUAAUGGAUCGAUAUGUGAAUUUGUUGGUCUAAAGGACUGUUUCCUCACUGAAGGAAAGCCGGAAGAGUUGUGCUUCCUGGCUUGUAUCAAAGAUGGAAAAUGCACAUCGAGUGUGAAUCUGCCGGAGUUUGCCGCGAACAGAACUGUCUUCACUGAGUUUAGUCAACACGGCAGAAAAGGAAAGAGUGGACUAGUGUUGCACCCAGGAUCGCCUUGUGAUAACUACAAAGGAUACUGCGACAUUUUCCGUAAAUGCCGUAGUGUUGACGCCAAUGGUCCGCUUGCUCGUCUGAAGAACUUAUUGUUCAAUAAAAAGACCAUAGAGACGGUUACGCAGUGGGUUCAGGAGAAGUGGUGGGUGGUUGUAUGCGGUGCGUUGAUAAUCCUCGUCUUUAUGGCAUUAUUCAUCAAGUGUUGUGCUGUUCAUACGCCAAGUACGAAUCCAAACAAACCACCGGCACUGAAUCUUUAUCAGACUCUGACAAGGCCUUCGACGCUGAUUCGACAACGUCGGCAUCGAAGUCGUGCACCAUUACCAGGUGCCACAUCAAGUAGUGCAGCUCCACGAUCGAGUUCCGCAGCGCAACAGUCGGCGUCAUCAGCUCGUCCUCGUGCUUCAGCACCUCCCCUUCCGCAGGCACCGUCUACGGCGGCUCCGGUGAUCCCAACUGGGUCCGCUCCACCAGUGUCUACGGUGCUGGUAGUAGAACCACCCCCUCCUUAUACAGCUGCUGCCGAUCCUGGUAGUGCUUUAGGAGGCCCACGAAGAGGCCAUCGACGGAAUAAACGGCAAACAAGUUCCGACGCGGUGCCAAAAGCACCGAAACAGAAAUCGCGAUCAAAAGGCAAGUGA